AUGCCUCCCAAGGCUCGCGUUGCUGCGCCCAAGGCUCAGACGAGGAAGGCAUCGGCUGCGGCGAACACAACACCAGCGACUCCUGAUGUAAACUCGCAACAACAACAGGCGCCUGUCGACGGAGAAACUCAGGAUGUCACAACUAUGCCACCAGCAGCCAGAAAGAGGCGGCAUUCCCACUCAACUGACCCUGACAAAUGGAAUCUCCUACCAGCUUUUCUCAAAGUCAAGGGUCUGGUGAAACAACAUAUCGACUCGUACAACUUCUUUGUCGACACUGAGCUCAAGACCAUUCUCCGCGCCAACGCUACAGUCCACAGUGAUGUGGACCCUAACAUGUUCAUCAGAUACACAGACAUCCGAAUUGGCAAGCCAGAACGUGUCGAGGAUCGCCAUAGCACUGUGCCUGGUCUUUCUGGUCCUGGAAUUACCCCUAACGAAUGUCGUCUUCGUGAUUUGACAUACUCGGCUCCGAUCUACGUCAACUUCGAAUCUAGAUCGCAGGGUGGUCUAAAAAUGGAACGUAACGUCUACAUUGGCAGAAUGCCUGUCAUGCUUCGGAGUAAUAAGUGUGUCUUGUCUGGCCGUUCAGAGAAGGAAAUGGGUCUCCUCAACGAGUGCGCAGUCGAUCCCGGCGGCUACUUCGUGGUCCGUGGUCAGGAAAAGGUCAUUCUGGUCCAGGAACAGUUGAGCAAGAACCGUGUCAUUGUGGAAAUGUUCAAGGGAAUCAUCCAGGCCUCAGUCACCAGUCACACUGCCAAUGUCAAGACAAAGACUUAUGUUUUGCUCAANAAAGGACUGAUCGUUCUCAAGCACAACUCUCUUACUGAGGAUAUCCCUGUCGCGAUUGCUCUCAGAGCUAUGGGUGUUCAGUCAGACCACGAGAUCAUGCUUCUGGUUGCUGGCGAUGAUGCUGUAUAUCAGGAUGAGUUUUCUGUCAACCUUGAAGAGGCCGCACGUUCAGGAGUGUCCACACAAGAACAAGCUCUGGAAUACGUUGGAGCUCGUCUGCGACCCGAGAGAUUCGGUCAGUACGGCGUGCCUAAGAAGACCAACAAGCAAAACGCCGUUGAGAAGUUGUCUAACACGAUCAUUCCUCACGUCGGUGUCACCGCUAUGAACUUCCGACCAAAGGCUCUCUACAUUGCAUUCAUGGUCCGCAGAGUGCUGAUGUGUAUGCACGAUCCGAAGUUGAUUGACGACCGAGACUACCUCGGUAACAAGCGUUUGGAAUUGUCGGGAUCGAUGAUGGCCCUGCUGUUCGAAGACCUGUUCAAGGACUUCAACAAGCUCAUCAAGCAAAGCUGGGACAAGGUUCUGAGGAAACCAAACAGGACCCGUGCCUUCAACCCGGCAGACUACAUUACCAUGCACGAGUCUCGCAUUACACAAGGCUUAGAACGUGCCAUCUCGACUGGUAACUGGACUCUGAAGCGUUUCCGUAUGGACAGAGCUGGUGUCACCCACGUUCUGAGUCGCUUGAGUUUCAUCGCCGCUCUUGGUAUGAUGACCAGAAUCUCAUCUCAAUUCGAGAAGACUAGAAAGGUCUCUGGUCCUCGUGCGCUUCAACCAUCUCAAUUCGGCAUGCUUUGCACUUCAGAUACUCCUGAAGGUGAGGCUUGUGGUUUGGUCAAGAACUUGGCAUUGAUGACACACAUCACUACCAUGGAUGAAGAAGAUCCCGUGCGCAAGAUGAUUUUCGUGCUUGGUGCUGAGGAUGUAACAUCUGCAAGCGGUACCGAACUUUACGCCGACGGAGCCUACAUCAUCUUCCUCAACGGUACACCUGUGGCCUUGACUCGCGAACCCAAGCGAUUCCUCAUUGCUUUCCGCAGAUUCCGUCGCAUGGGAAGAAUCUCUGAAUUUGUCAGCAUCUAUAUCAAUCACCACCACAAUGGUGUGCAUAUCGCAACCGAUGAAGGCCGCAUUGUCAGACCGCUCAUCAUUGUCGAGAAGGGCAAGUCAAAGGUGACAACACGCUACCUUGAGUCCCUCCGCAAGGGCACGCUAGAGUUCGACGACUUCCUCUCUCGUGGACUGGUGGAGUAUCUCGAUGUCAAUGAAGAAAACGACUGUAACAUUGCAGUCUACGAACACGACAUCAACCAACACACUACACAUCUUGAAAUCGAGCCUUUCACCAUUCUAGGUGCUGUCGCCGGUCUCAUUCCAUACCCUCACCACAACCAAUCUCCUCGUAACACUUAUCAAUGCGCUAUGGGUAAACAAGCUAUCGGUGCUAUUGCGUACAACCAGCUCACUCGUAUCGACACUCUACUCUACCUCAUGGUCUACCCGCAAAAGCCCAUGGUCAAGAGUAGGACAAUCGAGCUUAUCAAAUACGACAAGCUUCCUGCAGGCCAGAAUGCCAUGGUUGCUGUCAUGUCGUACUCUGGUUACGAUAUUGAGGAUGCUCUAGUCUUGAACAAGGCUUCUUGCGAUCGUGGGUUCGGACGCUGUCAGGUCUUCAAGAAGGUCAGCAUGCCAUUGAAGCAAUACCAGAAUGGUCAAACCGAUCGUAUCGGCGACCGCGACCCCUCCAACCCUCGCCACAAGAAGAUCGGUAACGACGGUCUCGUCGAAGUCGGCGCCGAGAUGGAAGCGGGCGAAUGCUACAUGCUCAAGGAGACACCCGUCAAUCAAGGCAUGAACACGCAAAACGCCGGCUGGGCACCCCAGCACAUGUCGUACAAACUGCCCGAUCCAGCCUACGCCGACAAAGUCAUGAUCAGCGCAAACGAAUCAAACACUCCCAUCAUCAAAAUCCAAACACGCCAAACCCGCCGUCCUGAAAUCGGAGACAAGUUCUCGUCUCGUCACGGACAGAAAGGUGUCACUGGCCUGCUAGCUGAACAGACAGACAUGCCCUUCAACGACAUGGGUAUCUGCCCAGACAUCAUCAUGAANCCCCACGGUUUUCCUAGUCGUAUGACCGUGGGCAAAAUGUUGGAAUUGCUGUCCGGAAAAGCAGGCAUUCUGCGCGGCGGUCACGAAUACGGCACUGCGUUCGGUGGUUCCAAAGUCGAAGAUAUGGGCGAUGUCUUGAUCUCCCACGGCUUCAGCUACUCGGGUAAAGAUCACCUUACUUCUGGUAUCACUGGCGAGUCUCUACCUGCAUACGUCUUUAUGGGCCCCAUCUACUACCAGAAACUCAAGCAUAUGGUGCAAGACAAGAUGCACUCUCGUGCCACGGGUCCCCGCGCAAUUCUCACACGCCAACCUACUGAAGGUCGUUCCCGCCAAGGAGGUCUCCGUUUGGGAGAAAUGGAACGUGACUGCCUGAUCGCCUACGGUGCUUCCCAGUUGUUGCUGGAACGUCUUAUGUUGAGUUCUGAUGCCCAUGAAGUGGAUGUCUGCGAGACUUGCGGUAUGAUGGGAUACCAGAACUGGUGUCAGAGUUGCGAGAGCUCGAGGGGUGUUGUGAGGAUGACGCUGCCGUAUGCGGCCAAGCUAUUGAUUCAGGAGUUGUUGAGUAUGAACGUGAAGGCUGCGCUCAAGUUGACGGAUGAGUUUCCUAGGGAGGAGUAG